UUCACGAAGGUCAACGUCACCGUCCGCUUUGUGCGACCUCAACCGACCCGUCUUCUUCAGCCUUCCUCACUUCCAUCUCUAUCGUUUUGUUUUCCUUUGAAACUGUAAUUCCAUUCUUUCAAUGUUCUCUCUUUCAAUUGAAGUCCCACUACUUUCCUGUGUUACUUGAAUUCCUAUAGAAUGCUUUCCACUUGAUCUCUCUUAUGUAUCGUAAAUCUCAGAUCUCUCUCUUUUUUCUUUUUUCCUUCAUCGAUCGGUAUGGAGAAGGAUAAGAAGAAGAAGAAGAAGAAGAUGGAGUGGUUUUGGCCGGAGAAGAACAACGGUGGAGUUAUUUUGGAGACGGAAGAUGUGGCGGCCGAACAUUUAUCGAGAGAAGGGACAAUGAGUCAUUACAGUUUCAGCAAAGGUCUUCUUCUGCCGCUCGGAGUCGGAGCCGCGGUCGUUCAAACCGUCAUAUUAAGCUUUGUUGCUUCAUCGUCUCUCCCUUCGAUCCUCGCUACAGAGCGUGGGAUCCUCCGUUUCUGGCCUGCUCGAAACGUUAAAAAGGCGGACAACUCAUGGGGGUUGAUUUCCUUCUGAUUGACGAAAAGUCUACUUUGAUGCAAGGCUCCAUUGACGUCACCCACCUUCCCAAAUUCGAACACGCUCUGCGUGAUGGGGCUUUGUAUAGAAACAUAAGAGGUUGUUUCUUCCGUCUUCAGUGGAGAGGAAAGUUCAGAGGAAUGAUACUACACGGUGAAGCCAAACAAGAAACAACACGGUUUGAGAAGACGAUACAAAAGGAUGAUGUAGUGAUUGAGAGACUCAAUUCGAAGCUUCUUAUUGCGAAUGAUCAAUUAGAAGCAGUAUCUGCAGCUGAAGAAAGAAUCAGCUCUCUUGCUGACAAUUUAACUACUUCAUUUGAGAAGCUAAAGAAUGAUAAAGAAGCUGCAAAGAAAGAGGAGUUUGAGCUUAAAGAAGAAGCAACGGUCAUCAAGAGUGAGGUACAUAAAACCGAAAUAGGAAUUGGUGAAAAGGAGAAAGAGUUGCUUUCAAAGUUAGAUGAGCUUGAGAAAGCUAAGCACGCAGAGGCUUUAGCUCUCGAGAAGCUCGAGUCUAUGGCAGAGAAGACAAUGAAAACUGGGGAAAUGGAAUCGCUGAGAAGUUCAACCAUCACAAUCUCAAGAUUUGAGUACGAGUAUUUGAGUGGACAAGCUUGUCACGCGAAAGAAACUGCAGAGAAGAAAGUGGAAGCUGCAUUGGCGUGGGUUGAAGCACUCAAGGCUAGCACUAACGCGAUUUUGUUAAGGAUGGAAUCUUUAAAGAGAGUGAGUGGGAAAACAAUGGUGGAAGAAGAAAGGGCAUCGUUCAGGAUGCAUAGGUUGCUAUCGAUAAAGAGACUAGUCCAAAAUGAGAUUCAAAAGUUAAAGCAGAAGUCAGAAGACUAUGGCGUGAUCAGGUCUCCUAAACCUAUAAGAAAAUUGCUUCAAAGUCACAAAGAGAACUCAGGAGACAAAGGCUUGAUCAACUCUCCUAGACCGGUAAGAAAAUCGGUAAGGCUGAGCGGGAAGUUCACACCGGUUCAAGGAGGGAAGUCGAGAAGAUACUCAUCAGGGAACAGAGCGACUCCAACAUUCUUUGUAAUCAAGAAGAAGAAAAAAGUUCCAAGCUUGGUUAAAUUUUUUAGCAGGAAAAGGCGCUUCUCCGCAUGAAUCACUUUAAAAGAAAAGAAAAAAGAGGAUUUUCGUCGCUCUGUGGGGUUUAACAAAGAAAAAGGAUGAGAGGUGGUGAUAUAGUCAUUAUGAAAGUUUAUCAGUAAAAUUCCAUGGAUGCCUUGCGGAGUUGGAUCAAUUAUUGUAUUUGUUGUGUCGUUUCAUGCGCAAAUGCUCUGGCAAACUCAUUCAAAAAUAUAUUCACAUAUAGAUGUUGUUUAAUAUUAGUUUUCAUUCAUUAUCAAUGUUGCAGUGCACUAUUUAUAUGUGAUCAAGGGAUGGGGUAAAACAUAGGCAGCGAGCAAGCAUGUGAUUUUUUUUACCAGAUGGUCUGACUUCUGAGAAUAUAUACACACAAACUAAGAUUGUGCUCUGAAGAAUCGAGAGGACAAGCAGAUGGUGGUGAGUGAGAAAUCAUCGCUCAUCAGAAUAAAACAAAAAUAAAAGGAAUUAAGCAUCAAUAACGUCAGCCUCUAUCUUCCCUCUCUCUCUUUACCAAUGUCUUUUAACUGUCCUUUACGGCUGGAAAAAUAAAGUUGGGCCAAUAAAAUAGGAAACGGAGAUUGAUGUAAAAAAAAGGAGA